GUUGUCAAAACGUCAUUUAAACAAUCAGUGGUAUUGACACAUAAACUCAUUUAAUUUAUAAUUUAAUUUGUAAUGUGGGUUUGGAGAAGAUUACAACACCAAAACACAAAAAAGACAAUUUCCGUUUGUUUGUGUUUUCUUUUUAUCGUAUUUUGCGUACUUCUUAUAACAACGGGAUUUAAGUGGCCCCAUGUUUGGGCUGUUGUAUACUCAAUGGAAACAUCACAAACGAUUGGAGUAACAAUCAUGUACCUAUUCACGUCCUCACUUCUGGUAAUAAACGUCUUUUUACUACUGGCUUUAAAACAGAACGGACCUAAAUCGAUAUUAUGCUGCUUAUUGGCCCUAUUAUUCUUAUGGCAAAUGCAUCUUGUAGCUUGCUUUUUAUCCAUCACCGUCCAUACAAUGAAUUUAAAAGAAGAAUCUAGAACAGUAGUAGCGUUAUAUAAAACUCUCCCAUUGUUAAGUGUUCAAGGUUUAUGGCUGUAUUUUAUAUCGGUUACUUGGUAUUAUUGGAGAGAAUUAACUCUAGCAAAAGACGUACCCGCAUUCGUUAUCUCAUUAAGAUUUAAUUCUCGAAGACAAAAAGCGAUGAGGCAAGAUCAAAGAGAUCGUUUGGGAGAUCUCCCAAGACGAUUCAUGUCACAGCUUAUUACGAAAGGAAUCAAUCUUGCAGAUGCAUCCUGA